UUUUUCAGCGUACAAAACUUCGUAAUGCAUUUCAAAAAUUCUUGCAAAAACUGUAUUCUUCUUUUGGAGAUGCAAGCUCUAGAAAUCGGAAAAAAUCAUAAAUUCCAUUCAUGUGCUGAUAUAAAUAUAAUUCAACAAGGAGAUAUCUCUAAUGAAUAUAAUUGCCUAGUGGACAAAGAUUGCCAAAACAAUGGUAAAUGCAUAGAAAAAUCCGAUUCGUUUCUUACAAAAAGCUGUUAUUGUACGAUAGGAUAUUUUGGAAAAAAUUGUGAUCGAAAUUUCUUCUCAAAUGUCAGUUUCUUUAAUAGCGAAAUUGAGAUUAUAAUGGAUUAUGCAACUAAUUCAUGGGUAGCGCUAGGCUGGAAACCUAUGAAUUUGCCAACUUCAUGCAGAUUAUUCCCAAAUUUAGAAUAUGCUAAAUUUGAUGUUGCAAAAAUGCAAAAAAUUCUCAACAAUAUGGCCGUUCAAAAAAUAAUGGAUUUCGUGAGUUUAUUUUUUGAAACAGCUUUAAAUGCACCGUUACAUCCCAUGGACUGUACUGAUAUUGUAGUUGGAUCAAUUAUCGACGGUCGCUUACAAAUUAAUGAUAUUAAUGAUAUACAAGAGAAUCGGUCGACACCACUUGAUGACACUUGGUUUCAUGAUGGAAGAACAAUUAUCACGUUUAGACGACAAAUUGCAGGUACAUAA